AUGAAAUCGGUGUUCGCGUUCGCGUUGGGUGCACUCGCGGGUAUCUUUGGGUUCCAGAAGCACCAAGAAGGCGUCUUUGGAAAGAAAUUCGAUUCAAAGAGCACCCGCAACGCGGCGAUUGAAAUCACGAAAGAGGACGUAAACGACGCGGAAACCAACGCUGCCGAAGCCGAGAAGGCGCCAAAAGAGGAAGAGAAAGAGGAAAAGAAGCGUACGAAAGUUCUCGGCGUCAUUCCCGCCCGAUACGCGAGCACACGAUUCCCGGGGAAGCCGCUCGUUAUGAUUGCUGGGAAACCGAUGAUCGUUCGAACGUAUCUCCAAGCGAAGAAAGCGUCGCAGUUGGACGCACUGGUGGUCGCCACGGACGACGAACGAAUUCGAGACGCGAUCGUGAAAGCUGGCGGGGACGUGGUCAUGACGGACGAAGCGAUCCCGAAUGGGACGGAACGAUGCGCGCAAGCCGCGGAUAGAACCGCGGGGGAGUACGACAUCGUCGUCAACAUCCAAGGCGACGAACCUUUGAUCGAACCGGAGAUUAUCGAUGAAGUCGUUUUGGCGUUGAAGAACGCGCCGAGAGAGUGCGUGUAUUCGACGCCGGUGACGCCGUUGAAACACGAGGAAGUGAAAAUGCAAGGGAGAGUGAAGUGCAUUACCGAUGUCAACGGGUACGCGAUUUACUUCUCCAGAGGUAUGCUCCCGAACAACAAGAAAGGCGAGGUGGAUACAUCGUUCGAUUAUUGGUUACAUUUAGGUUUGCAGUGUUACGAUAGAGAGUUUUUGAAACUGUUCCCGAUAAUGCCGGCGACGCCGAUGCAAAUGCAAGAAGAUUUGGAGCAAUUGAAGGUGAUUGAGAACGGGUAUAAGAUUAAAGUUAUUCGCGUGAAUCACUGCGCGCACGGCGUGGACGAGCCGGAAGACGUCGCAUCCAUCGAGAAGAUCAUCGCCGAAGAUCCGAGCUUAGAUUAA